GGUGCCGCCGGGGCGCUGGGGGACACCGGAGGCAGCGGCUGGCGGCUCUCACGGGGACCAUGAAGCUCCUGUGGCUGGGCGUGGAUGUCUCCAGGGUCCUGCACCUGGCCGCCGUGUUCUGCCUGACCUGCGUGCUGCUGAAAGCCAUCCAGCUGUUCCACCGGCGGCGGGAGCUGCUGCGGGCGCUGGCCGACUUCCCCGGGCACCCGACCCACUGGCUCUUCGGCCACGUCCACGAGUUUCUCAAGGAGGAAGAGGUGCUGGACAAGGCAGAGCUCUGGGCCCAGAAGUACCCACUUGUUCACCCUAUGUGGUUUGGGAGUUUCUCAGCAUUCCUGGUUAUCACUGAUCCCGACUAUGCCAAGGUUCUGUUGGCCAGAGGAGAUCCCAAGGAUAACAUCAGCUACAAACACCUUGUCCCAUGGAUUGGGAAUGGGUUGCUGAUCUUACAUGGGCCCAAGUGGCACCAACACAGAAAACUCCUGACCCCAGGGUUUCACUACGACGUCUUGAAGCCGUACGUGGCCCUGAUGGCAGAAUCUACAAACGUGAUGCUGGAUAAGUGGGAAAAGCUGAUAGCAGAUGGGAAGCCAGUGGAGCUCUUUGAGCACGUCAGCUUGAUGACUCUCGAUAGCAUCAUGAAAUGUGCCUUCAGUUGUCACAGCGACUGCCAGACCAACAGGAAAAACACCUACAUCCAGGCUGUCUACGACCUCUGCCACAUGGUGCACCAGCGCCUCCGCAUCUUCCCCUACCACAAUGACAUCAUUUACUGGCUCAGCCCCCACGGGUUUCAGUUCAGGAAGGCCUGCAGGAUCGCUCAUGACCACACAGACAAGGUGAUCCAGGAGCGAAAGGAAUCCCUUAAAGAUGAACGGGAAUUUGAAAAGAUCCAGAAGAAGAGACAUUUGGACUUCUUGGACAUUCUGCUGUGUGCCAAAGAUGAGAAUGGAGCUGCACUGUCCGAUGAGGACCUGCGUGCUGAGGUGGACACCUUCAUGUUUGAAGGCCAUGACACAACAGCCAGUGGCAUCUCCUGGCUCUUCUACUGCCUGGCAACCCACCCUGAGCACCAGCAGCGCUGCAGGGAGGAGAUCCAGGGCAUCCUGGGGGACCGGGAGACAAUCCAGUGGGAGGACCUGGGCAAGAUGCCUUACAGCACCAUGUGCAUCAAGGAGAGCCUGCGCCUCUACCCGCCCGUGCCCGGCGUGUCCCGGCAGCUCAGCAAGCCCAUCACCUUCCCCGAUGGACGCACCCUGCCCGAAGGCAGCGUCACUGCAAUAAGCAUUUACCUCAUUCACAGAAACCCUGAAGUAUGGAAAGAUCCUUUGGUGUUUGACCCUCUGCGUUUUUCCCCGGAGAAUGUCUCUGGCAGGCACUCUCAUGCCUUUCUGCCUUUUUCUGCUGGAAUGAGGAACUGCAUCGGGCAGCAGUUUGCCAUGAACGAGAUGAAGGUGGCACUGGCUCUGACCCUGCUGCGCUUCGAGCUCCUGCCCGACCCUGCCACGCCCCCCCUCAAGAUAACUCGGAUCAUCCUUCGCUCCAAGAACGGGAUCCACCUGUAUUUAAGGAAGCUCCGCUGAAGCUGGCACACAUCCUGCCUUCACCAGAGGGAGGGACCGAGCAGAUGACGGGGCUGCGUUUCUCUGGGGUGGAAGUGCAGGGCAGGAUUUGGGGAUGAGCAUUCCUGAUUUCUGUGCUUCAUCCACCAGCUGAAAGCCCUUUUCAGGUGGGCCCCAGGUGGCUGGGAUGCCAUGGCACAGAGCCAUCUGCUCCAGGGCACUGAUCUGAGAGCAGCCAGGCAUGGCCACGCUCUCUGUCCCCUUGCACUGCCAUAAGAGCAGGCCUGGCCUGGGCUGGGAACAUCUGCAGGUCCCACCAGCCUCCUUCUUACCAAAUCCUGCCUUCACACUCGUGCCCUGGCCAAAUGUGUGGCCAUUUCCAGCCCUGCUCCGUCAUCAGCACCUUCCUCAGUGCCUGGAGGUCAGCCCUCCUCUCCUGCAGUGGGGACAGCUGUGACAGACCUCUGUCUCACUUCUCACACUCAGUGGGCCUCUGAUUUGUUGAAAGCACUGAUUCCAGUUGGGACUCUGAAAUCGUGCCCAAACUGCAAAAUAUUCUGUAAUUUUUGUCUUAAUAAACCAAUAAUUUUUCCUGCAAA